AUGCGACUUGUCUGGAAGUCUGACUGCUGUGACACGUGUCGAAAUAGGAAGGUCAAAUGUGACGGUGAAUAUCCUAUCUGCCGCAACUGCUCCAGGAACAAGCGUACAUGUGAACGUACCUACCAAAAAGGUCGUUUGGUCCGUCUUCCCCAAACAAAGUCGCUUGUUCUGCCUAAGCGGCAGUUCCCCUGCACGGUAGGAAAUCUGCCGACAAGCCCAUCGCAGGGCCACUUAUAUCAGCAACAAUUCCUGUCAUGCUUUCUGGCCGACUUUUUUCCGUCGCAAUCUAGUGGCCUUCAGAUCUUUUCCUACUUCGAAGACUUGUGCAAGCAUCACGGCGAAAGCGACUAUAUCAAUGUCGGCUCUUCCGCCCUUAGCUUGGUUUAUUUUGGCCAAACUCAUGGAAACGAGCAUCUACUGAAGUUGAGCCUGCAAUACUACCACUUAUUACUGGGGAUGGUCUGCAUAGCUAAACAACCGACGGAAGAUGUCAUUAUUGGCGCAGCACUUCUCAGCAUGUAUGAGGUUUAUAACCCAGUCGAAACAACUUCCUGGACGAUCCAUGUGCGCGGCGCAUGUAAUCUUGUUGCGACUCGUGGACCAGAAAGCCCCAUCAACCCGCGUCUAUUAUGCUUAGUGCGAACCAUAGGGCAGUUCUAUGAGAGCUUAGGUCGUCGCAAAACUACAUUUCCACCGAGCCCCCGAUGGAAUGAGAUUGUUUCAAAGACUGAGCCAUUCGAGCAACUUCUGAGCAUUAUACUCUCUCUACCCCGGCUUGAGGAGCUUCAUGACAAAAUCGAGCAGUCUGAAUCUGCAAAACGUUUGUUCCUUAGCCAGCUCACAACCACAUAUUCCAAACUUCGAAUGUGGUAUCUUGAAUUUCUUAAUAGCCAGAAAUUAUGCACUUUUGAAAAGCGAACGGCUAAACCUGGCGAACUAUCCUUUGUCGCACACUACCCCGAGUUGAGAGACACAUUCCCAGAGGUCAUCAUUUUCUCAAGUCGCUAUAUCUGCCAACUACUUCUACUUUGCUGGACAGGCUUCUUCGUGUUGAACCACGAGACUUCUAAGUUUGUAAGAACGUUCAAGACCACGAUCGAGUACACUCAAGAUUCACACCUCUUAUCGCCCGCUCAACAUCAAUGCCCAUGUCUUAAUAACGAGUCUACGAUCACCGAAUGGUCCGGUUCCUUAGAUCAGGAAACGGAUACGGGGAUUUAUUUGGUUGAGAAAUGCGCCGAGGUUUUUGCAGAGCGAAUAUGCCAGUCAAUAGUUUACGCAGACAAAUACUCCUAUGCGUCUGCGAUGAAGUUGAUGAUUAUAUCUCCGGUGUGGAUUCUGCAACAAUAUUUUAUUGAUAAGAAAGACUAUCAGCGGGCAUUGUGGUGCCGGUGUGCUCUCGAAGCCAUCCCGCCUAGAAGAGUGGGCUUCGGUUCGCUUCUUGCAAAGCUUUCUGUCCAGCAGUACCAGGAAGUUGGUGGCGGCAAGAGGUAA